CGGGGGAAAAGGGAACUUUGUUCCGUUUAGACUCCAACGACAUGAUAAUCUCACUGUUCACAGCAUUCACGUUUUCUUCUUCCAUACACUUUCUCUGUUCUCUCUUUCUCUUUCCUGAGCUUUUAGUGCUGAGAAGAAGAGUCACGCAGAGUCUGCUCUUUCUUGCUCUGACAGAGAGGGAGAGGAGAGGAGAGGAUAGGAGAGGAGAGAGAUAGAGAAUGGAAAGAAGGGUGAAAAUAAUUUGCUCCAUUGUUGGAUUUCUAGGGUUAUUGUCUGCUGCUACCGGUUUUGCUGCUGAAGCGAAGCGGAUUAAGGAUUCUCAGGUUCAAUAUACCUCAACCUCUGAAUGCGUAUAUCCUAGGAGUCCUGCUCUUGGCCUUGGGUUGACUGCAGCUGUGGCUCUACUGGUAGCUCAAAUCAUUAUCAAUGCUGAAACUGGAUGUAUUUGUCGCAGGAAAGACCCACACCAAUCAAAUACUAAUUGGACACUGACACUUGUGUGUUUUUUAGCUUCCUGGUUCACAUUUUCCAUAGCAUGUCUACUCCUACUAACAGGUGCAGCACUAAACGAUCAACACGGUGAAAAAAACUUCUACUUUGGUUAUUACUACUGUUUUGUUGUAAAGCCGGGAGUUUUUGCUGGAGCAGCAGUCCUGUCCCUUGCAACUGUUGUUCUUGGAAUCAUCUACUAUCUCUCUAUGAUUUCUGCCAAAAACAUGAACAAUCAGUUGCAUCCUCCAAAUCAAGGUGGCAUUGUGAUGGGGCAACCACAGUUUCCUACACAGAACACCCAGGAGCCAGUUUUCGUGCAUGAAGAUACUUACAUGAGACGACAACUUGCUUAAUUACUGCUAGUCAAUAGCCUUAGUACAGCAAUGCUAGGUGUAAAACUUGAUCUGUUGACUGUUGUUUUGUUGUCAGCACUUAAUUCUUAUGUGCCCAUUUUCUUUUGGCCUUUUCACUUA